UUGUAGUGCCUUGCUAAAAUGAUCUGUUUUUAUUCAUAGUGGAUUGCUAUAGUUUAUCACUGUAUAAGCACCACGCAAUGAGGAUCCUUUUUUAACUAUUACUCUGUGCUGUAAAAAAAAUAAAAAUAAAAAUGUAUUCUAAUCUUAAAAGACUAGCAGCAAGCAAGACUUCUUUGAAGUCAAAAACACAGACGACUAUUAGCAGAUUCUUUAGCGGUACAAAUGACAAAGAUAAGGAUGUUGAUCAGACAAGACGUAAGUGUGCCGAACGUGUUCAGGAAAGAGGCAAAGGCAAGAAGAGACUAGGCUUACCUGGCAAGGGAGAGUCCUCAGAGAAACGAGCAAAACUCCCUCAGGAGGCCGAAGUCCAAGAGGGGAACAGCAACAUCAAACUAGAUGAGAGGCCCUCUGUCUCUAAGGCCACUCUCUCCUGCUCAACUUUGGAAAAGCUGCGAGGUUUCAGCUGCCCCGGGAGCAGUGAUGACAGAGCCCCAGGCAUGAGUGUUGGCAUGGAGCUGGAGCUCACAGGUGUGAGUGUCAGCAAGGAGUUGGAGGUUCCAGGCACCGGACACACUGAUGGCACGGCAGGACACCAGGCAGCCAUGAUGCAGGAAGACUCGGAGGAAGAGUGUGCUUCCCCAGGUUUUAGCUUCAGCCUGUUUGCCAAGUCUGGUAGUAGUGUUGGAGGUGUCACUAAGAAGAGCCCCCCAGAACUGGCAGGUCCUAAAAAGAGGACCAAAAGCAUCUACACUCCCCUGGAGCAACAGUACAUUGAGAUCAAGGAACAGCACAAGGACACAAUACUCUGUGUGGAGUGCGGCUACAAGUACAGGUUCUUUGGAGAGGAUGCAGAGAUUGCAGCAAAGGAGCUGAACAUCUUUUGUCACCUGGACCACAACUUCAUGACCGCCAGCAUCCCCACUCACCGCCUGUUCGUGCAUGUUCGCCGCCUCAUCUCUCAGGGCCACAAGGUUGGAGUUGUGAAGCAGACAGAAACAUCAGCUAUCAAAGCAUCGAGCAACAACAGGAGCUCCCUCUUCAGUCGACAGCUUAGUGCGCUCUACACCAAGUCUACCCUGGUUGGGGAAGAUGUGAACCCUGUGUUGAAGCUGGGGGACUUGGAGCAAGCAGAAGACGUGGUGCAGGAUGCACCCAAUAGCUACCUGAUGUGUGUGAAGGAAAGCUGGGACAGGCAGAGCAAGGAGCUCACUGUGGGCUUGGUGGUGGUACAGGCCAGCGUGGGGGACGUGAUGGUGGACUGUUUUCGGGAUAACCCUUCCCGCUCGGAGCUGGAGGCCAGAGUUCUGCGCAUCCAGCCGGUGGAGAUCCUGGUGCCGUCGGACCUGUCUGAGGCCACAGAGCGCCUACUCCGCACCAUCGCUCUAUCCAGUAUCCAGGCGGAUGAUCGUAUUCGUAUUGAGAAACGUGAGAGCUCCCAGUUUGAGUACCCCAUCGCCUUUUCAACGGUCAAAGACUUCUACGCCAACGUAUCUGCUCAAAGUGGGAAGGUUUCUUCUUCCUUCUGCUUGGGCUUAGAGAGCCAGGUUAUCUGCUGUCUGGGGCCGGUGAUCCAGUACCUGACUGAGUUUAGGCUGGAGAGGGUCCUGCUCUGUUCCAGUUCAUUUAAGAGGCUGUCAAGUGAUGCAGACAAUAUGGUAUUCAGUGCCACCACAAUGAAGAACCUGGAGAUCUUUAGCAACCAGACCACAGGCUCGGUGAAGGGCAGCCUACUAUGGGUCCUGGACCACACACGCACGUCAUUCGGCAAGAGGCUGCUGAAGAAGUGGGUCAGCCAACCCUUGAAGUCCACUUCAGAGAUCCUCUCUCGGCAGGAUGCGGUGGCAGAGAUCCUGUCCUCCUCCUCCAGUGCUCUGUCUUCCGUGCAGGCCCUGCUCACGCGCCUGCCUGACCUGGAGAGAGGGCUCUGCAGCAUCUACCAUAUGAAGUGUUCCACUCAGGAGUUCUACCUCAUCAGCAGCACGCUGUCUCGUUUGAGGGGGGAGUUUCAGGCUCUCGUACCUGCCGUCCAAUCGCAGCUUAGCUCUGCCCUCUUAAAGAGCCUGCUCUUGGAGACGCCCCAGCUCCUCAGCCCUGUCCAGAACUUCCUCAAAGUGCUCAAUGAAAAAGCUGCUAAGAUGGGGGAUAAGACUGAGCUUUUUGUGGAGCUAACGGAUUUUCCCGUGAUCCGCGAGAGGAAAGCUGAGAUCCAGGCCGUCCUCUCGGCCAUCAUGGAGCAUCGGCGUGAACUUCGUCUUGUCCUCCACAACCCAACGUUUGACUACACCACCGUGUCUGGACAAGAGUUCCUUAUUGAGGUGAAGAAUAGCAUGUCCUCCAUUGUCCCCCCAGACUGGGUCAAAAUCAACAGCACCAAGGUGGUGGGUCGCUAUCAUUCACCCUUCAUCGCAGAGAGACACCGGCAGCUGAUGCGGCUGCGUGAACAGCUGGUCAUCGACUGCGGUGGAGAGUGGAUCAACUUCCUACAACUGUUUGGGGAGCACUACUACACGCUGAGGAAGGCUGUGGGUCACCUAGCAACCAUGGACUGCCUCUUCUCGUUGGCCCAGGUUGCAAAAGAGAACAAUUACUGCAGGCCAGAGGUUCUGGAGCAGCAGAGCUGCAUACUGAUCCAGGAUGGCAGACACCCGGUCAUUAACAUGCUGAUGGGAGACCAGGAUCAGUAUGUGCCCAAUGACACCCAGCUCCAGGUGGAUGGAAAACGCGCCAUGAUAAUUACUGGGCCCAACAUGGGUGGGAAGAGCUCCUAUAUUCGCCAGGUGGCCCUGCUUACCAUCAUGGCCCAGCUGGGAUCCUUCAUUCCUGCCAGAAAGGCCUCGAUUGGCAUUGUGGAUGGCAUAUUUACCAGAAUGGGAGCCUCUGACAACAUCUCCAGAGGCAGGAGUACCUUCAUGGAGGAGCUAGUGGAGUCCUCCGAGAUCCUGUCCCGUGCCACGCCCCGGUCGCUGGUAAUCCUCGACGAGCUUGGCCGUGGCACCAGCACACACGACGGAAUGGCCAUUGCCUAUGCUACACUGGAGUUCUUCAUCAGAGACGUGGGGUGUCUCACCCUAUUUGUGACCCACUAUCCUCCACUGUGUGAGCUGGAGAAACACUACCCACAGCAUGUUGGAAACUACCACAUGGCCUUCCUCCUCAAUGAGCCAGACACUGCAAUUGAUGAGGAGGAGAUGCAGCCAGAAUUCAUCACGUUCCUCUACCAGCUGACGGAGGGCGCGGCGGAGCGGAGUUAUGGCCUCAACGUGGCACGCUUGGCCCACGUCCCCGACAGCGUCCUACGCUCAGCCGCACUGAAGUCCAAAGAGCUGGAGGCCGUCGUUGAUGGCCGCAGGAAAAUGGUGAAGCUGUUCUCUGAGGCUUGGAAAACUACUAACAGAGAUUCACUGCUUGAGUGGAAGAAGUUGAACCUUUGAUACGGGGAGUGCUAUGCUAGUAAAAAAUAGCAUCUUCCGUUAAUCUUCGUAACCUUUGGCACAAUUAUGAGCUGUUGGUGUGAAUCCCAUUACCAUCUCCACCCUUUACUUCUCACUAGGUCCUUGACUUAAAGAUGGAGCAAGACAUGCAAUAUCUCCUAGCAGCCAUAUUUUUAAGGUGCUGUUUAUCAGGUUUAUUGCAUACAGGAAAGAAUCUGCAGGGAAUUAAUGAGUGUGUACACAAAGACUAAAAAAUUGUGAUGUAAAAAAAAAAAAGGAUCAGUGCUGUUAUGCAAUAUUCAACGUGAUGAUUAAAUGAUGUAUUCUCUUC